CGAAUUGUUGAGAAGUGUUCUUUCCUAGCCAUUGCGUUUGAUAUUCCUGCCCUUGUUCUCUUGGUCGCCUUGUCUAUCCUUUUGCAUUUCCAAAUAUUCCAUACUUGCAUUACCGCAACAAUCUUCCAAUAUGGCAAUGAGAAUCAGCAACAAAAUCUUGAACGGCCUUAUUCAACAAGCUAACCGCGAACUGUCCAAUUCAAAUGCCUAUCUCUCCAUGUCCUUGUGGUUCCAAGACCGUGAACUUCCUGGCUCGGCCCAAUGGUGCAAAACCCAAUCUGACGAAGAGCGCAUGCACGGUCUAAAGAUUUUCGAUCACAUUGUAAAGAGGCGGGCAAAGGGGGCUUUGGUGCACGCAAUCGGGCAACAAAAGUUUUCGUAUGAUGACCCUUUGCAGAUUUGGGAAAAGGCUCUGGAACAAGAACAGCUCAACUCGGUUGCCAUCAUGGAUCUCGUCCGACAGGCGCGAGAAGAGGGUGACUAUACGACCGACACGUUUCUUCAGUGGUAUGUCGCGGAACAGCUUAAUGAAGAAACGUCUGUGAAGGAUAUUUUGGAAAAUGCUAAACGGGUCGCCGCAACGACUGGGUUGUAUGUUACAUUUGAUUCGCAAAUAACGAGGAAGCCACAUUGAGCAUGUCAUGAGGAAAAGCAAUUUUCGAGACGUUGUCCGCGUUAUGGUCUGCUUGGUCGAAUGGUUUGUGGGUGGGUAGGGAAUAUAUUUAGGUCUGUGCAUAGCAUCAAAAUAUAAUGUAACUGAACCUCUGACAGCA